UUUUUUUGUUUUUGGGAGGAGGCUGUUUGUUGAUUGCUAAAUCCAAACAACUACAUAUGAAUAUUAUCGAAGACGCUUGAAAAUGGAGAUUAAAUUUCAUAAAUUCAGUUGAAUCAAAUGCCUCAAAGCGCACUUUCGGCCAUGGCAGCAUCCUCGAGGAUUUUCAGUCCUACUCUAAAUCGCCAUCUCCUCUCCAAAACAACUACAGAAGCUAUAGUCCAGUCUCCCAGAUUACCCACAUCGCUCCGUCGAUCCAUAAACGACGUCGUCUCCAGGGCCUAUCUCUCUUCCCCUCGCGUCCACUGUUGCUCGCCUUCACCAAUCUUGGGAUCCCUUAUUUCUCCAUUUCCAAACCCCUUCUCCUCUCUCUCCUCUUCGUCGUCUUUCAACUCCACCAACCACCGCACCCCAUUUCGGUCCAACCCAGACGAGGGCGGUUUUGUCUGGAACCGAGCUCCGCGGAGCGUUAUCAAUGGAGGAAACAUCGAGGGCUUUGGCGACAAAAAGCGAGAGGUGACAGUGGUUCUCUUGGGUUGGCUGGGAGCCAAAACGAAGCACCUGAGAAGAUAUGUUGAAUGGUACAACUCCAGGGGUAUUAACGCCGUUACCUUCGUGGUUGAAGUGGGAGAAUUGCUGCUAUCAUUAGAUUUGGGUCACAAGCUUGAGAAGCGAUUGGCUGAGUUGGGCAACGAGCUGGCUUCGUGGGUAUUAUCGAAGGAGGAAGAUCUUAGAGAACGGUGUCUGAUUUUCCAUACUUUCAGCAACACGGGUUGGUUUGCUUAUGGUUCCCUUCUCAAUAUCUUUGAGGGAAGGAAGGAGUUGACGGAGAAGAUUAAGGGCUGUAUCGUGGAUUCAGGAGGAGGAGAGCCAUUCAAUCCUCAGGUUUGGGCAGCUGGAUUUUCUGCUGCUAUCCUGAAGAAACGCAACUCUUCGGAAAACACUGAAAUGAAUGGAGCAAAAAAUGAAGCGAGCCUAUCAACAACGCAAGAAAAGGAACCUCUCAUGACUGAAACCCUGCUGUUAGCAUUACUGGAGAAGUUCUUUUCCUUUAUUCUAAAGUUGCCUGAUGUAGAUGAGAGGUUAAAGAAAGUUGUCUACACGCUGUACAACAAUCAGCCUCCAUGUCCUCAAUUGUAUCUUUAUAGCACAGCAGACAAGGUGGUUCCAUUCCAAUCAAUAGAACAUCUUAUUAGUGAGCAGAGAAAGCUGGGGAGAAAAGUAUUUUCCUUCAAGUUUGAAUCAUCCCCGCAUGUGGAUCAUUAUAGAACUUUCCCUGAUUUGUAUUCAUCAGUGCUGCAAAACUUCUUGAAAGUUUGUUUUGCUACUGUGAAGCAGAUGUGAAGUCCUUGAAUGCCAGAUUGUUUGUUCCUGUAGAGCAGUAGGUCUUCAUUUGAUACCCCUUUUGACUCCAUUGUUGUGGCUUGCUAAGAAAAACCAUAUUACAGUAGCAUUUUGAAAAUUUGUUUUGAAUAACAGAGAAAUACUGAUCUAAUA